AUGUCAACCCGUAGCAAGACUCAGUCAAAGAAUAAAAAGCAAGACUUAGCGGUCUUCACUAACCCACCAGCUCUACAAUUGGUGGCGCCCCUGCCACAGUCUGCCGCCCCCGCCACCGACCAGGUUCUCCCCCGCCACCGACCAGGUUCUCCCCCGCCACCGACCAGGUUCUCCCCCGCCACCGACCAGGUUCUUCCCCGCCACCGACCAGGUUCUUCCCCGCCACCGACCAGGUUCUCCCCCGCCACCGACCAGGUUCUCCCCCGCCACCGACCAGGUUCUCCCCCGACCACUCCCCCGCCACCGACCAGGUUCUCCCCCGCCACCGACCAGGUUCUCUCCCACCACCGACCAGGUUCUCCCCCGCCACCGACCAGGUUCUCCCCCGCCACCGACCAGGUUCUCCCCCGCCACCGACCAGGUUCUCCCCCACCACCGACCAGGUUCUCCCCCGCCACCGACCAGGUUCUCCCCCACCACCGACCAGUUUCUCCCCCGUCACCGACCAGGUUCUCCCCCGCCACCGACCAGGUUCUCCCCCGCCACCGACCAGUUUCUCCCCCGUCACCGAUCAGGUUCUCCCCCACCACCGACCAGGUUCUCCCCCGCCACCAACCAGGUUCUCCCCCGCCACCGACCAGGUUCUCCCCCACCACCGACCAGGUUCUCCCCCGCCACCGACCAGGUUCUCCCCCACCACCGACCAGGUUCUCCCCCACCACCGACCAGGUUCUCUCCCGCCACCGACCAGGUUCUCCCACGUGCACGUGGGCCACAUCUGGGGGGAAUUUCUAA